CUACAAAACAAGUAAAACUAGCAAAACAAGUAAAACACGAAAUAACACACGGUUUGAUCACCGGAAGUGACGCGGGGUUAUGAAAUAAAAGCCUCAUUGUUGAAGUUGGUUUCCAUGGUGACAACCAGAUUUAUACGACAACGCAGCAGCUCUCAAACAUCAGCAAAGAGAAGAUUAGCGAUUAGUGAGUUAAAGUCGUUCAACAGUUAUCUGAGCCACACAAUGGAGGCUUCUGUGGACACGAAGGAGCAAACAACAGAAGAGCUGCGUUUGUUUCCCACUGCGGAGGCAGAAGAUGAGCGGGACGAGGCCCGGAGGAGAAGCCCCCUCAGGAGGCUUUUCUGCUCCAGUAAAAUCUUCCUGCCGCCGGGGGGGGAACGCCCCCAAAGACCAGAGCUCCAGAUGAGCGUCAUCAUCCAGAGCAAGGCCGCACAACAUUACACCAAUGGAAAAGAGUUGAUGGGAAAGUGCCAGUUUGAGAAGGCGCUGAUCUGCUUCUCCAGAGGCGUCACACUGCAGCCAGAGCAGACUCACCUGCACGAGGGCCGGGCCGAGGCCUACCUGCAGAUGUGCGACUUCCAGUCUGCGGCGGCCUGCUACAAGCGGGCCUGGAUGCUGCAGCCCGGAGCCUGCCGCGACCGCCUGGCCUUCGUCUACUACCUCCAGGGCCAGUGUUUGUUGGACCGGGGCCUUUUCCUCGAGGCUCUGGAGGCCUUCAGCAAAGCUGCCGAGGUGAAGCCCGGCUGCAGGAGCUACGAGGUCAAAAGUCUGGUCUGCCUGGCGGCUGCAGGUCACCACGCUGACUGCCUGAAGCAGGUCAACCAGUGGAUGCUGUCGGACGGUCCGACCUCCGACCUUUACAUCCUCAGAGCGCGGCUCCUCAAACUGCUCAACAAGACGUCCCAGUGCUUUCGGGACGUGACCUCUGCGCUGGCAUUGAACCCCCGGUGCCCCGUCGCCGCCGCCCUGCUGCAGCGGCUGCGGGAGGCCGCCGAGGAGAACCGGCGGCAGGCCGCGGACGCCGUCCUGAGCGGCCGGCUGCCCGAUGCCCUCCUCUGCAUCGACCACGCCCUGGAGCACUGCCCGCGGGACGCACGCCUCUACCUGUUCAGAGGGACUCUCUACCGACGCAUGAAAGACUUCACAGCAGCCAUCGAGGAUCUGGUCCAGGCCAUGGAACUGCUCGAGGAGGAGGAGGAGGUCAGAGGUCAGACGGAUGGGCGGGGCUCCGUGGAGGUCAGAGGUCAGACGGAUGGGCGGGGCUCCGUGGAGGAGGAGGUCAGACGUCAGACGGAUGGGCUGGGCCCCGUGGAGGAGGUCAGAGGUCAGACGGAUGGGCGGGGCUCCGUGGAGGUCAGAGGUCAGAUGGAUGGGCGGGGCUCCGUGGAGGAGGAGGUCAGACGUCAGACGGAUGGGCGGGGCUCCAUGGAGGAGGAGGUCAGACGUCAGACGGAUGGGCGGGGCUCCAUGGAGGAGGAGGUCAGACGUCAGACGGAUGGGCGGGGCUCCGUGGAGGAGGAGGUCAGACGUCAGACGGAUGGGCGGGGCUCCGUGGAGGAGGAGGAGGUCAGAGGUCAGACGGAUGGGCGGGGCUCCGUGGAGGAGGAGGUGCGGUUUCAGCUGGUUCUCACCUACAAUGACUUGGCCGUCCAGUGCUUCGGCCGAGGCCUCCACGCCGAGGCCACUGUCCUCCUCAAUAAGGCCGUCGAGGAGGAGAAGGGGGAGGCCGGCCUGUACCUAAACCGAGGAGAUUGUUUCUUCCAGCAGGGCGAGUGGCGCUUCGCUCUGGCCGACUACCAGCAGGCCGAGGAGAUGAUGCGCCCCGACGACCCCGCCGUGCGUCUCCGCCUGGCCGUCCUCCACAACACGCUGGGCUCGCUCUGCUUCCAGGACGGGUGUUUCCAGGAAGCGGUGGACAUGUUUUCGGCGGCGGUCCGGUACGACCCGACGGCCGGUCGGUACUACGAGAGCCGAUCCAAGGCCUUCAGAAAACUCCUGGACCUGGAGGGAGCCAGACGGGACCUCAUCUGCACGCUGAUCCUGGACCCCACCAACGAGGAGCUGCCUCCCAUGCUCAUGGACCUGUUCCCAGGCUGCAGUGCUGCUGACGUUCUGUCCGGUCCGGCUGGACAAGCAGUCAGAGCUGAUCUGAUGGACGCCAUCCAGCCUCGCAGUUCCUCUUCCGACCAGCAGAGGCUGAAGGAGGAUCUGCAGAGGACGACUCUGACCAACGAGAACCCGUCUGAGGCUGGAAAGGAGCGAGAGGAGGUGCAGACAACUGUGAACAACCUCCUGUGGGCGCUGAGGGGAGAUGACGCACUCCACGACAAACUUAAAAAGUAUUAAUGUGGUUUUCCACGAUACAAUUAUUGGACUAGAAGUGUUUUUAAAAGACUAAACACCAGCAACUAUGGAUCAAAGCAGAAUAUUU